AUCGCGAGAUUUCUUGGUAUCAGCUCCUCAACAGCAGCAUUAUAUCUUGUUUGAUAUUAUGCUUGACUGUGUUGCGCAGGCCAGUAAACAAGCGGAAGUACCGGUUUCUCUGUCGAAAGUGUGUGAGGAGAGAGAGUGACCCCCAAGAUAAGCGCAGAGGAGAGCAGGGGCAGAAACGCGGUCCCGUGACGUCAUUCCUUAUUAUUAUUGGUGUUAUUUUAAAACACUGAAUCCGGACAACGACCCGAUCAUGUGGUAUGAAAUCCUGCCCGGUCUUGCCAUUAUGACAGUCUGUAUGGUGAUUCCUGGAGUCGCCACGGCUCAGAUUCACAAGUUCACAAACGGGGGCAAGGAGAAGAGAAUUGCCCGUUACCCAUACCAGUGGUACCUGAUGGAGAGAGAUAAGAGAAUAUCUGGGCAUGGCGUGCAUCACAAAUCAAAGGGACUGGAAAACAUUGACUGAAGAGCCGUGGGGCUGCUGCUCUCGAUGUGUUCUUUCUGUUGCAUUUAAUCGUGGUGACACACUUUGUACAUUAAUAAACGUAUAUAAUGUCUGAA